AAUUUUAGAAUUAGAAACUCUUUGCUUAGCUUAGCUUAGUUUAGCUUCACAGUCUCUCUCUCUCUCUUACUCUCACUCUCUCACUUACUCACUCUCUCUUUCUCACACAGUCGCUUUCGUCGCUUCGAUCUUAGGGUUAGGGUUAGGGUUUUCGAGCUCAGGAGUUUCGGCAUUAUCAUGUGACACGGUGAGCUAGGGUAUUUGGAAGAUCCGCCGUGAGAUCGAGGAGGAUUCGGAGAGUAUGGGGAAUUGUUGUAGAUCUCCGGCGGCGGUGGCGAGAGAGGAUGUGAAAUCGAACUUUUCCGGCCACGAUCACGGCCGGAGAGACUCGAACGCCGGAAAGAAGGCUCCGAUCACGGUUUUGGCCGGUUUGCCUAAGGAGAACAUCGAUGAGAGGUACCUGCUGGACCGGGAGCUCGGUCGCGGCGAGUUCGGCGUGACGUACCUCUGCAUAGACCGGGACACGAGGGAGUCAUUGGCUUGCAAGAGCAUUUCGAAGCGGAAGCUCAGGACUGCGGUGGAUAUCGAAGAUGUGAGGCGCGAGGUGGCGAUAAUGAAGCACUUGCCUAGGAAUUCGAGCAUUGUGAGCUUCAAGGAGGCGUGCGAGGACGACAAUGCGGUGCAUUUGGUGAUGGAGUUGUGCGAGGGAGGCGAGCUUUUCGAUCGGAUUGUGGCGCGGGGCCACUAUACAGAGCGCGCCGCCGCCGCGGUCACGAGGACUAUUGUGGAGGUUGUGCAGCUCUGCCAUAAGCAUGGAGUGAUUCAUAGGGACUUGAAGCCUGAGAAUUUCUUGUUCGCCAAUAAGAAGGAGAAUUCGCCUUUGAAAGCAAUUGAUUUCGGGCUUUCGAUAUUCUUCAAGCCAGGUGAGAGGUUCUCAGAAAUUGUUGGAAGUCCAUAUUACAUGGCUCCAGAGGUGCUCAAGCGGAAUUAUGGGCCAGAGAUAGAUAUAUGGAGUGCAGGGGUUAUUCUCUAUAUUUUGCUAUGUGGGGUUCCCCCAUUCUGGGCUGAGUCUGAACAAGGUGUUGCACAGGCUAUUCUUCGUGGGCUAAUAGAUUUCAAACGGGAUCCAUGGCCUAAUAUCUCAGAUAGUGCAAAGAGUCUAGUCAAGCAAAUGUUGGAGCCAGACCCCAAGCUUCGGCUCACUGCGAAGCAAGUACUCGAGCAUUCCUGGCUCCAAAAUGCUAAAAAGGCUCCUAAUGUUCCUCUUGGAGAUGUUGUCAAGUCGAGGCUUAAGCAGUUUUCAAUGAUGAACCGAUUUAAGAGAAAAGCCCUGAGGGUUAUUGCUGAUUUCUUAUCCAUUGAAGAAGUUGAAGACAUCAAAGAGAUGUUUAAGAAGAUGGACACUGAUAAUGAUGGUAUUGUUUCAAUUGAAGAAUUGAAAGUCGGACUUAGAAAUGUCGGAUCCCAGCUUGCAGAGCCUGAAGUCCAGAUGCUUAUUGAAGCUGUAGAUACUAAUGGGAAAGGUACACUUGACUGCGGAGAAUUUGUUGCUAUUUCCCUCCAUCUACAAAAGAUGGCUAACGAUGAACAUCUUCACAACGCCUUCUCCUACUUUGACAAGGACGGGAAUGGAUACAUUGAACCAGACGAGCUUCGGGAUGCAUUGAUGGAAGAUGGAGCGGAUGAUUGUACAGAUGUAGCAAAUGACAUCUUCCAAGAAGUGGAUACAGACAAGGAUGGGCGUAUCAGCUAUGAUGAAUUUGUGGCUAUGAUGAAGACCGGAACAGAUUGGAGAAAGGCUUCUCGACAUUAUUCUAGAGGAAGAUUUAACAGUCUAAGCAUGAAGCUGAUGAAGGAUGGUUCUUUAAACUUGGGGUCUUUAAACUUGGGGAGUGAGUAGUAUAUAUAUAUUUGAGGUUGGUGUUCUGCUUAUUCACACA